AUGUUUGACAAGGAAAAAAGCGGUUUCAUUGAUGUCGGAGAUCUUCAAACCAUUAUGAGAAGUCUUGGAAGAGAUCCUCAUGAGGCGAUUGAAUUGCUUCAAGGAUUGGAAUUGAGUCAAGAGGGACGCCUCAGCUUUCAGGAAUUCUUGAAGAUUAUGAAGACUCUGGAAAAUAGACUUAUUUCUGGAAAGGAUGAAAAUGAAUAGUCUCCAAGAGAAGCUGACCUCGAGGAGAGAAAUAAAUAUGGCUCAUUAUUGCCCAGAACAGGAGUGCACUUUCUACCUGACUCCAAGGUAGUCGAUCUACUAAAGUAAUCUUUCAAUUUAGAUCUUAAUAAAUGCUUUAGAAUUUUGAACGAUCACAGGAAAAAAUGUAUAAAGGAAAUGAAGUUGGCAGAAGCUAUUCGUGCUUAGUUGAAAUUCGAUGAUUUAAAAUCUAAGGAAACUUUGAGGCAAAUGCAAAAUAUGAGAUAGGCUUAAGAAUAAGAAUUAAUAACUGUUGAGAAUGCCUAAAGAGCAUAAUUUUUAGAGUUUUCCUAGGCUUGGGAUAAUUAUAUGUCCGACUAUGAAGCAACUGCUUAUCUUUCACUAGAAAAAUUGAAGGAAAAGCAUAUACUUGAAUUAUAGCAACUCUAAGAAUAGAUUCGCAAAGAAUAUAAGGUCAAAUUGAAAUUAACAAAAGAACUCAUGGAGAAUAGGAAGCAAGUACAGACAUUAAUAUCUUUAAAAAGGUAUGAAGAAGCAGAAGCUAUGAAUAAUUAAUGUGAUUAAAAAGAAGCUGAAGAAAAACAAGCGAUGGAGGCUUAGAUAAAUGAAUAGAUUCAAAGAGCUGAAGAGAGAUUAAGAGCUAAAUAGUAGUUGGCUUUGGCAGCAUUACUGAAAAGAAUUCAAAGAGAUAGGAAUGAGUAACUCAAACACAGAUAAAUUGAUUCAUAGAGACUCAUCUAAAGGAAUAAAAAUUUACUGUUGGAUCUUCUGAACAAGCAGAAUAUGGAAACAAGAAGGACCAAUCAAUUUUUGAAAUUUGCACUAGGAGUCCGUUCUCCAGAAAAGAAAAACUACUUCAAAAGUAAGCUUUUUACAGCUCCUGAAGAUGCUAAAUUAAAGAUUGGCGAUGAAAAUAGUCGUACCAUGUAUAACAAUAUAAACAACAAAACAAAUACAUCAUUUGCAGCAAUAAAGAAUUAGUCUCUAAACUAAAAUAGAGCAAAAACAUCCAAUGUUGGUGAUCCAAGAAGCAUAUCCAUGGAUAUUACAUAAAACGAUACUAAUAAAUCAUAUACUAGAGGAGCAUAGAGAAUAAAUGUUAAAAAUAGUUCAAACUCAGGGAAUUAGUCUAUGUUCUUGAAUAAUAGAAGUUCAAUUGGAAAUAAAACGAGAGGCAGCGAGGAAAUGAUAUCGAAUGGUAAUGCUAGAAUAGCCAGCUAAAAGGAGGUUAAACUGCCUUAGAUAAGAUAAUGA